AUGCCAAACUUUAUGGGAUUAUCAAUCAAGUUUAAGCUCAAAUUGUUGCUUGUAUAUCCGUUGCAUUUAUUGUUCAAGCUCAUCACUGAUUAUGAAAAUUUCAACUUCAAGACUCAAACAAUCAAAUGGGCAAGAUCGAAUGCUUCACUGCAAGAUGCUAGAACGCUCAUCAAUGAUCGAAGCUUAGAAGAAUUACUGAAUGAUGAAAAACAAAAAUUCUCAGAAAUUUCGAAUGAAGAGUUCACUUCAAAUUCAAGAUGGAUUUUCAAAGCUGAUGAUUUAAAUAAAGAUUCACCAAUUAUAUUAUUCAUUCAUGGCGGUGGCUUCAACCUGAGAACUCUUGAAGGUCAUAUAUUGGGGCUUGUUAAAACAUUUAGAGCUUUAAAAAAUCCAAAGAUUUCAAUACUUGGUCUUGAUUACCAAACUACACCAGAAUCCAAAUUUCCAACUCAAAUUGAGCAAUUAUUGUAUGUUUAUCACAAAUUAACAGAUCAAGAUGGGUUUAAGAAUGUUUUAUUAUUAGGUGAUUCUGCCGGUGGUAACAUCGAGUUAAUUUUGUUGUAUCAAUUAAAGAAUCAAUUGCCAAAUCUCUUGAAAAUUCAAACAAAACCAAAAGGAGCAGCGUUCUUAUCGCCAUGGGUCGAUUUAAGAAUUGAGAAAAAGGGAAGCGUAAUCACUAAUGAACCUUAUGAUUAUCUUUCAUAUGAACGGUUGAAAAUCUUGUCAGACUCUUAUACAGAUGAUGUUACUACCAACCCUUUAACUUCACCUGCAAGCUUAACUGAUUGGGAAGGUACGUUACCUGAACAUGUUUUCUACAAUUAUGGUGCUCAUGAAAUAUUAGCUGAUUCAAUAGUUGAUUUUGCUCAAAAAGUUGGUAUUGAUGAUAAAGAUAUAUACAUCGAACCUGAUGGAGUCCAUGUUCAUCCGUAUUUUGAGUAUGCUAUUCUACCACAAGAAGAGUUUGAACAAACACCUUUUUGCAAAAAUUUCAUCAAUCUAUUAAAAGCUAUGGACUGGGAUUAG